CCUGUAUUGAAGUAUAUAUCUAUCGCGAUUGUUUGUGACAGUUUGUGGAAACAAUGUUGAAAUAUCUGAUCCUCACCAGCCUGCUAGCGUACGUCUCAGCCACACCGGUCGCGACGUUCCUGGCACCGGCCAGCGCUAUCGCGUACUCCCCCGCCGCCGCCACCGCCAAUUAUGUAGCAGCAGCACCAGUAGCAGCCCCCGUUCAAUUUGCCUAUCCAACCUACGCGGCGGAAUUUUCCUCCCAAUCCGCGGGCAUCAGCAGGAUAACGGAAUACGAGGCAACCCCGCUGGUACCGGUCGUAGCGCCGGCAGGAUACUAUGCUGCAUACUAUUGA